AUGCUCGACUCGAACGUCAAGGUCUACAUCGCCUGUAGCUCGGUACUGUACCUCAAGUUCCUCCUGGCGACAGCCGUCCAAGGCGACAAGAAGUUCCGAUCGGGCGGUCGGCCACCGGAAGAUGCGGCCCUCAGUCUCGCCGACACGAUCGGCAAAGGCCGAAAACAGACGUACGGUCUCGACCACACGGACGACAAAAGUGUGCUCAAAGCCCGAGAGGCGGAGCACCGCUGGGGCCGAAUCGUGAGCAACGAUCUCGAAUCCAUUCCGUUUGCCCUCUUUGUCUUUGGAGGUGGCGUCCUGGUCGGUAGCAACCCCACGGUGCACGCGAGUGCCAUGAUUGGCUUCACGGUCGUCCGGUGCCUCCACACGUACGUGUACGCCCACGCGAUGCAGCCGCACCGAGGCGUUUGCUGGGGCCUCGGCGUCCUGGCCACUUUGGUCGGUAUGGGCAAUGCCAUUGUCGCUAUCCUGUAG